GAACUAACGAGAUGACAAGCAUUCAACGAGUAGAAUCAGUAGAAUAUUGCUUGAAAAAUGGCGCUUGCCGAAAUUUGUGGUUUAAAUUCGUUUGUCGACUUCAAUGCCGCGAACGAGAAAGAUUAUUACAAACGGGAUAUCGAGGCGUGCGCCAGAAAUUUUACGAACAACGCGCAACUGGCAGUUCCACCUUAUAUAAAUCCAGCAGAAAAAUUGGCCCAACUCGCAGAAGGCCCUGACGACAGUGGAAAUCAUCUGAAGAUCAAAUUCGAUCAUGGAACGACUACUCUGGGCUUUCAGUACCAAGGCGGAAUUGUUCUCGCCGUCGAUUCGCGAGCAACGGGUGGCCAAUUCAUCGGUUCCUCCACCAUGAAAAAAAUUGUUGAGAUCAACGAUUAUCUUCUUGGAACUUUGGCUGGCGGUGCUGCCGAUUGUGUUUAUUGGGAUCGUGUCCUGGCAAAACAGUGCCGAACAUAUGAAUUGAGAAACAGGGAACGCAUUUCUAUCGCAGCUGCCAGCAAACUCUUGUCAAAUAUGAUAUACAAUUUCAAAGGAAUGGGACUAAGUAUAGGCAUGAUGCUUGCUGGUUGGGACAAAAGAGGACCAAGCCUGUACUAUGUUGAUUCAGAAGGUGCGCGUACACCGGGCAAGGUUUUCAGUGUUGGCUCGGGAUCGAUUUAUGCAUUCGGUGCUCUGGAUUCUGGAUAUCGUUGGGAUUUAACUGAUGAAGAAGCCUACGAACUUGGCAGAAGGUCCAUUUACCAUGCCACGCACAGAGAUGCUUACUCUGGUGGUAUCGUGAGAGUGUAUCACAUGAAGUCGACAGGCUGGGUACACAUCUCUGACCAGGACUGCAAGGAUCUUCAUUAUAUGUAUCAGGAACAGAAAGAGAAAGGACUCAAUUAGUAGAAUUUGUGAUUUACUGUACUCCAUGCAAUGUUUUCUUUAAUAAAAUUCAUCUCUAAAACUGGUAUA